CCAGCAAGGAAAAGUUGGAAAGGAACUUCAGCCAGUCAGUCUGAUUUCAUAAGUUUAAGAGGAAGGGGACCCAGGAGUGAGUUGGCUGCUCUGCGUUGGGCCGGUCUACAGUUUUUGAGAGGAUUCGUGUCUGGAGCAGACACUGACAACUGGAUUGAAAUUCUCGUCUCUUUAGAGGUGCAGAACUAUGGUAUGGAUUCGGGAGGCGAGCUCUUCAGUUCCAUGAUAGCGCGGCAGGAUUCCGGUAGGUUCCGGCUGGAGGGGCAGAAGCCCCUGGCCGUCUUAGGAUCCAGCUCCUCUGACGAUGAGGGCUUUCAGGACUGUGAGCUGAAAACGCCCGAGGGUCAGGCCCAGGAUGGCCCGAGCGUCCUGGCAGCAGGAGAGGGCGGUGGUCAUAGCCCGAUGGGCAACCCAUCGGGGCAUGGGACCCAAGAGGCACCAUCGGCCAAGCCGGUUGGAACCCCUCCCCUGACAAUGUGCACCCCUCUGCCAGAGGCAGCGGCGAGCGAGCUGCCCAUCAUGAACUGGGAGACCUUGGAGAGUCACAUCGCCGGGCUCCAGCUACAGGAAGACGAGAGGCAACAGGCACGAGAGCGGAACCGCAAAGCAGGCACCGCUGCUGGGGAAGGGUCGCCUCUGGGCAGAAGGAAAAUGGAGAGAUUCAGCUCCUGGGAGCGAGCGGGCAGCAGCAGUUGGCAAAUGAUGAACUUUCACUGCACCACGAGGUUCCACAGUCGGAUGAACCUGCAGUUGUGUUUCAUCAAUGACAGCAGCAGUGAGAGCGAAUCCGAGGAAGCAAUCGGAAAUGUUUCCAGCACGCCAUCCUCUCAGACAACCACAGGAGAGGCCUCCCCCAUUGAGGGGAGUCUGGAAUCUCGCAGAAAAGAGCUGGAGAGUGAGGCCAAGCGAAGCCUUGCCUUGUUACAGAGGAGACUCGACCAGGAGAAGCAGCAACUGCGCGCAGCUGCUGAACGGUUGAAAGAUGCCGAGGGCCGAGGCAAAUCUCUGGAACAAAGUGAGCUGCAAAAGAUGAAGGCAUCGCAACUUUGUAACCUGCAAACGAGCCUCUUCUCGCAAAUUCACUGUCUCAACACUCAACUGAUGGAACUUCUGGAAACCCGGGAUGAGCUGAAGACCAAGCAAGAUGCCUUGCUGGUUGAAAUUGGAGACUUGACACACUGAAUGCAAGUGUAGGCUCUGGAAAUAAUUCAACCAAAGAGGAACAGAAACGAAGAGGUUUACGCGAUAGGGAUUCUUUCCAGAUUUUUGAAUGUGUGUGUGUGUGCGCGUGUGCGUGUGAGUGUGCGCGCGCGCAUGUGUGUGUAUGUGUGCGUGCAUGUGUGUGUGUGUGCGCGUGUGCGUGUGAGUGUGCGCGCGCGCAUGUGUGUGUAUGUGUGCGUGCAUGUGUGUGUGUGUGCGUGCGUGCGUGUGCACGUGCAUGUGUGUGUAUGUGUGCGUGCAUGUGUGUGUGUGUGCGCGUGUGCGUG